GUUAACAAUGAGCCUCUUACCCUCUUGCUUUCGCUGCGCACAAUCAGUGGUUGUGUCGGUGGUCAUCAUUCUUGUGCUAUUCCACCAAACUUGCAGUGCCAAGCAUCGCAGAUCCUGUCCAUCUUCUUCGUGCGGCGGAAUUCGCGACAUAAAAUAUCCAUUCCGACUGAAAGGCGAUCCUCGCGGUUGCGGCCUCCCCGGGUACGAAUUUGAUUGCGUGAAUAACAGGACACUGGUUACUCUUUUUUCAGGAAAAUACUAUGUGAAGGAAAUCAAUUACAAUAUGUACGAAAUCCGGCUAAGUGAAGCGGGUGUUGUGGAGGAGACUUCUUGCUCUUUUCCUCGCUAUUUCUUAUCCCCGCAAAAUUUCAGUGGAUAUGCCGAUGAUCCGCUGACUUUUCCGAACUAUUGGUCGCAUGCUUAUUGUUUUGCAAACGUAGGGUUUCUAAACUGUAGUAACCGAGUGAGUGAUGAUCCUCGAUAUGUCGAAGUGAAAGCAUGUGGUAGUGAUUCCGGAGGAGUUAUCUACGCCGUUCUGGACCUUACAGCGGAGGAUACGAAGGUUGGAUGCAGAUUAAAGAUGGCUACCUUGGCAAACUGUACAUAUAACAAGAAUGUUUCCUAUGCUGAUAUCCUCAAAUCUAUGGAAGAAGGAAUUUGGUUGUCUUGGUUUCCAGUUGUUUGCAGGGACCACUGUGGAAAUGGUGUCUCUUGCUUCCUCAAUGAAACCACCAAACAAAUUCAAUGCGAUACUUGCCAAAUCUACAACCAUCCUACCUACAAUUGUGGAAUUCUAUCGCGAAUUAUUGGAUACCCUACAGGUUUUUUGAAAAGCAUCAUAAAAGGAAUAUUCAAUAGAAUAACAAAUGCCGAAGGAUCAAAUGAUGUGGGAGAAUUGAUAGGUCAAUAUAUUCUACCAAUAUUAAUUGCAACUAGAUAUUUGUUUGGACUCUCACUUUUUCUAGUGAUAUUCAUCUAUAAAUGGCGACGUAGACAUUUUUCAAUGUAUGAAAACAUUGAAAAUUUUUUGUUAGACAACAAUAUAAAUCCCAUUAGAUAUGAGUAUAGAGAAGUGAAGAAAAUGACUAAAGGUUUCAAAGUGAAAUUAGGAGAAGGAGGUUUUGGUUCUGUGUACAAAGGAAAGCUUCAAAGUGGCAUAGAUGUAGCAAUAAAGAUGUUGAGCAAAUCCAAAGACAAUGGACAAGACUUUGUUAAUGAAGUAGCUACCAUUGGAAGAAUACAUCAUGUGAAUGUUGUAGGUCUUAUUGGAUAUUGUGUUGAAGGAAAAAAGCGUGGUCUAAUUUAUGAAUACAUGCCUAAUGGGUCAUUGGAUAAAUUUCUUUGUCUCGGUUUUGAACUGAGGCAAAAAUGUGGCACAAUCCGUACUAGAAGCACACCAUCUUCUCAACCUCUCCUCUUAGAUCCUAUAAUUAAAAAGACUGCCCGAAGAAACAAUAGUAGAAGAAGAAGAAGAAGAGAGAAUCGGGCAUCUAGAGAAACUUCUCCCAUUCUUGUGAUUACUGAGCAACCCAUCUUACCUGCAGCUGAUCAAGAAGUUGAAGAUAUGGCUGACAAUCGGAAUGAUAAUGGUGAUGGGCAAGUGAGACGCACAUUGGAGGACUACUCCGCUUUUUCAGGGUUGCUUCAUUUCAAUAGCAUUGCACGACCACGGGUCAAUGCCCCAAACAUGAAGAUGAAGCCUGCUCUCAUUCAUCUUGUGCAGAGUAAUAAGUUCCAUGGUCUAUCACAUGAGAACCCAUUCAAUCACAUAACCAGCUUCAUUGAGAUAUGUAACACGGUUAAGCUCCAAGAUGUAUGUGAUGAAGCUGUAAGGCUCAACCUAUUUCCAUUCUCAUUGGGACGCAACACCAAGGCGUGGCUCAAUUCCUUUCCUGAAAAUAGCUUCACAUCAUGGCAAGAGGUGGUGGCAAAAUUUUGCAACAAAUACUUCCCUCAGUCCAAAGUUAACAAAGGGAAGUAG